AUGUCUCAGAUACCAUUCAGACACUGCGUGUCUAUAGAAGACUACUAUGACAGCAUUGAUGCCUGUGAAAACCGAAAACCGAGUUCUCUUCUUACAUCUGGAGGUGUAAUUUUUCUAGGAGCCGUAGGUUAUCGAACGAUUAACCACUUUGAAAGAGAAAAUCAAAUAAUCGCAGGACCUUAUAUAUGUCAACAAGGUUUUUAUCCUAAGGACAAUGAUUUUGUAUGUGACAUCAAUGGUAAACAUAUUCCCGCUUAUUUACGAUGUAUCUAUGAUGUAGACAACACUGGAUUCCUCAUUGGCUGUAGAGACGGAAGUCAUAUCAAGAACUGUUAUGCAUUUGAAUGUCCAGAAAACACAGUGAAAUGUCCAGGCAGUUACUGUAUCCCUUUGCGCUUUUUAUGCGAUGGUGAAUUACAAUGUCCCUCGGGGGAAGAUGAGGAAAAUUGUGGAUGUGAAUCGUCAGACAAUGAAAUCCUGAUCAUCUACGAUGAAGAAAGCUCCGAUGGACCUGAUAUAGAUAAGUUUGCGAGGCAGUUCAGCACUCGUACAAACAUUGUGAGAAGUCUAGGGUAUAAAGCAUCAAAACCAUUGCAACCGUUUGGUAUCACGGACUAUUUCCUUGAAAUACGGGACAAAGAAGUUGAUGCAACGGGCAUUGGGUCAUUAUUUGAAUGUAAAUAUAAUAUCAAGGCCAGGAAACUUUUAAAAUCCGUACGAUUUACAAAUGACGGUAACAAAGGCAUUAUCCUUAUAGAAAACAGCGAAACUUCUAAAUUGCUUACAUCUGAAAUUUUUGGAAAUGUAUCUCUCUUAGGACCAGAAUUCAAAACGUAUAGACUAUCAGAGAAUUUUAACGUGACUGUUGACAACCGAGACGAAACAAAGAAAGAGUUCGUUAAAGAUGUUAGAGUUAAGAGAUGGCAAAUUCUGAAUGAUGUUGGUGCAGAAUAUUUCAACGAGCUAUGCAAUGGCUAGUAUUUCAACUGUUUAUUGUGACGUUUUAUGUGUAACAAAAUUACUAUAAACUGUAAAAGUUUGUUUAGUGUAAUACAGAUUGAGACAUUUUAAGGUGUAAGUAAAUCAAGAUAUUUUUUAAUUGUUCCAUAUUCUGCACGUACAUAAACCAUUGAUAAACAAAAGUCCAUCGAGAACACCGGCUUAAGCAGUAGUCAACAUAUAAACACGACUAUAGUGAGCGCAUCUCAAUGCUCGAAUGCUGAUGCAUGUUUAUCUCCAAAAGUUAAAUGCUUGCAUUUUUCAGUCAG